AUGCAUAUCUCUAUGCAGGUGUUGUCCCGGGGUUUUCAUAUCUAUCUAUCUAUCUAUCUAUCUAUCUAUCUAUCUAUCUAUCUAUCUAUCUAUCUAUCUCAUUCUGUUCACAUCUGUCUAUCUAUUUAUAUACCUCAUUAUGUUCAUAUCUAUCUAUCUAUCUAUCUAUCUAUCUAUCUAUCUAUCUAUCUAUCUAUCUAUCUCAUUCUGUUCACAUCUGUCUAUCUAUUUAUCUACCUCAUUCUGUUCAUAUCUAUCUAUCUAUCUAUCUAUCUAUCUAUCUAUCUAUCUAUCUAUUUCAAUCUAUUUUUAUUUAUAUCUCAGUCUAUCAUCAUCUAUCGCAGUCAAUUUCUAUGUAUGUAUGUCCACAUCUAUCUAUCUGUCUAUCUAUCUAUCUAUCUAUCUAUCUAUCUAUCUAUCUAUCUCAUCAGUUCCUAUGUAUGUAUGUAUCUAUCUGUCUAUGUCUGUCUAUCUAUCGCGGUAUGCCCACAUCUAUCUAUCUAUCUAUCUAUCUAUCUAUCUAUCUAUCUAUCUAUCAAAUUUUGUCUCGUCUAUCUUUCUAUUCUUCAGUCUAUUAUUUUCUAUUUAACUCAAUCUGUUAUUAACUAUCUCAGUCCAUUCCUAUGUAUGCAUGCAUGUAUGUAUCUAUUUGUCUAUCUAUCUAUCUAUCUAUCUAUCUAUCUAUCUAUCUAUCUAUCUAUCUAUCUAUCUAUCUAUCUAAUCUAG